GCGUGGGGGCAUCAUGAGGUUACUAGUGUUCGCAGUUUUCUUGGCUCUGGGGGCCGCCACGGUCAUCAAGGAUGACCUAGACGUAGGCAACACCUUUAAAAAAGAUUCACUAGUAAACUUGGAUGUGAAGACGAAAGAAAUAUGCAUAAUGAAAUUACUGAAUCACAUUCUGCAACCAACUAUGUAUGAAGAUAUUCGCGAAAUAGCUCAAGAAUUUGUUAUUGAAGACAACGUAGACAAAUAUCUGAAAGUCGACGUAGUGAAACAGUUCGUCCAAACAUACAAGAUGGGGAUGCUGCCUCGUGGCGAGGUAUUCGUUCACACUAAUGAGAAACAACUCGACGAAGCAAUCAAGACGUUCCGCCUGCUCUACUUUGCGAAGGACUUCGAUGUCUUCUUACGUACAGCCUGUUUCUUACGUGAGCGUAUCAACGGCGGCAUGUUCGUCUACGCUCUCACUGUUGCCUGCUUUCACCGCACUGAUUGUCAAGGUGUCGUCCUCCCUGCACCCUAUGAAAUUUACCCUUACUUCUUCGUAGAUAGUCAGGUCAUCAACAAAGCUUUCCAGAUGAAAAUGACAAAAGCUUCUCUAGACCCAGUGGUCCGAGACUAUUUCGGAAUUAGAGUUAAGGACAAUAACGUAGUCGUUAUAGACUGGCGUAAAGGUGUACGUCACACUGUCAGCGAGUCCGAUAGAAUCUCUUACUUCACAGAGGACAUCGACCUGAACACUUACAUGUACUACUUACACAUGAACUACCCGUAUUGGAUGACCAAUGAUAUAUACAACGUCAAUAAGGAACGUCGCGGUGAGAUCAUGAUGUAUGCUACGAUGCAACUAUUAGCUAGGCUGAGGUUGGAACGCCUGUCUAAGAACAUGUGCGACAUUAAGCCGCUGAUGUGGAACGAGCCAUUAACUACGGGCUACUGGCCAAAACUACGCAUGCAUAACGGUGAAGAGAUGCCCAUGCGUCGUAAUAAUGUGGUACUGGUAACUAAGGACAAUGUAGGGGACAAAGUCCUCGUCGAUGACAUGGAAAAGAUUGUGCGUGAAGGAAUAAUCACAGGACAGAUUGCAUUACGUGAUGGUACAGUUCUUUCUCUCAAAAAAGCUGAAGACAUCGAAGUUCUUGCCAGGCUGAUACUUGGCGGCCACGGACUCCAGAAUGACAAUGCCAAGAUUAUCCACGUCAGUAACGUAUUAAAGAAGAUGUUAAGCUAUAGUACAUACAAUGUUGACAAGUAUACAUACGUUCCUACCGCAUUAGAUAUGUACACUACGUGCCUACGUGAUCCUGUAUUUUGGAGAUUGAUGAAACGCAUAAGCAAGACUUUCGUGCUUUUCAAAAAUCUGCUUCCUAGGUACACAGUCGAUGAGCUAGAAUUCCCCGGUGUAAAGGUGGAGCGAUUGAUAACCGAUAAGCUCGUGACCUACAUGGACGACUACGAUGUCGACAUCACUAAUGCAUUAUAUCUCGACCAGUCCGAAAUGCAGAAGAAGCGCUCCGAUAUGAUCUACAUUGCACGUAUGCAUCGCCUCAACAAUCAUCCAUUCAAGGUCACAAUCGAUGUUGUCUCAGAUAAGGCGGUCGACGCAGUCGUGCGCGUCUUCAUAGGUCCCAAAUAUGACUGCAUGGGACGUCUUCUGCAAAUCAACGACAAACGCCUUGAUAUGGUCGAGAUCGACACUUUCGUCUACAAACUGGAUACCGGCAAGAACACCAUUGUGCGUAAGUCCGACGAGAUGCAAGGAAUAAUAGAGGAAAGACCCUUGACCCGUCGGAUUUGGGAUCGAUCCAUGGAAAAUGUGGGAGUAGGCGUCAAGAUGAUCGAUAGCUAUUGGUCGAAAUCCCGCAUAGGCUUCCCUAGUAGACUGUUGCUUCCCAUGGGCACUCGUGGUGGUUUGGAAAUGCAGAUGUUCGUCAUUGUCAGUCCGGUACGCUCUGGUAUGAUUUUGCCAACGUUAGAUAUGACGGUUAUGAAAGAGCGCCAUUCUUGCCGUUGGUCGACCUGCAUUGAUACAAUGCCUCUGGGCUACCCAUUCGAUAGAGAGAUAGACGUCACUAAAUUCUAUACCAAUAACAUGAAGUUCACUGACAUUAUGAUCUUCAGGAGAGAUAUGAACACAGCGAACGUUGUUAAGGAUGUAGACAUGUCCGAUAUGGUGAUGAAGCGUGAUGAUCUGACAUACCUCGACACUGACAUGUUGGUGAGAAGAUCAUACAGAGACGUGAUGAUGACCAGUGUCGACAACAUGACACAUAUGUGAAACAAAAAUUAAUUUUAUUUAUUAUUAGAUUAGAAAUAAACUGCAUUAAUUGAAA